AUGGUCAAGAUUCAAAAACGGUUUAUCCAAGAAAGAGACAUAGAUUUUGAAAAUGGGGUGAUAUGCAAAGUCCUAAAGCGAAUCAGGGAAAGCGACAUGGUUUCUGAUUCCGUAUCGCCUCCCUUGGUUGAAGUUUGGUGUUGCACUAUCUUGUCGACAUAUACAAAGAACUUGAUCAACUUCAUUAAGUAUUAUAUUAGCCCCUACGAGGACCAAUCAUUUAUACAUUUGAAGCGUUUUGAAAAGAUAAGUACCCUGGAGAAGUUUCCAAUAUUAAGGGCGCUACUAUGUACUAGCUCAUUAUUGAAGAAGGAUGAAUUGGAAAAUCUUAUUCAACUUUUUUCGAAUGAAAAAGAGAACUUGCAAGUUUUGAAAUUAUUCAAGACCGAAGUUCCCAGGCUGAGCCCUUCAAAUAAAGAAAUAGCUCACCAGUGGUCAUCAACAUAUUGGCCAAUAUCAUGGAAAGGGAAUCCUAGCCAUCAGAUGCUAAAGGCAGUAGACUUUAAUAUCCAAGAGGAAAGGACGAUGAUAGAAAGACUUUUAUUCGAAGCUGAAAAUACAGAUAGAUUAUAUCCAUAUGUCACGAUUAUAGUGCAACCACUUCAGCAUGGAUUUGAGAUUUUAUCGAUCGGAUACGAUGACAGAAAGAGACAUCCCCUAAAGCAUAGCGUGAUGCAGGCUAUCGAAAUGAUUGCCCGGCUAGAGAAGGAGAAAAGAAAAACUGUAUCUCCGAUACAAAAAGAACAUACAUCGUAUUUAUGUCACAAUCUUGUGGUUUACACAACUCACGAACCUUGUGUGAUGUGCUGUAUGGCAUUAACACACUCUAGAAUUGAAAGACUUGUAUAUAUAAAAGAUUCUCCCAUUUCAGGUGGAUUAGGAUCUAAUUACCAAAUUGGAGAUCGAGACGGUUUGAAUUGGAAAUUUGAAAUUUGGAAAUGGAUAGGUAAAAAGGAAUUGGAUGAGUUAAAUAGAAUCUCAAGCACAGUACCAAAAGAAGAUAAUGCCUAG